CGCUAUUUUCCUCUUUCCUUUUCCUCAUUUUCUCCUUCUCCUCUCCUCUCCUAUCCUCUAAACUUCUCUUUCUCAUUCAUUCUGCUAUUCUCCCAUUUUUUGGUCUCUGUGGAGGAAGCCCUAUUCCAACCCUGUUUGGUAUAUUUGGCUUUUGGAUUCUUUGUGUGAAGGAUCCAAUGGAAACUAUUCUUGAGCAUUCAGCUUCUCCAUGUGAGAAUACCAGCAAUGCUGGUGAAGAAGACUCAGAAGAGGAGCUUUUCAAGAUAGGACACAAGCUACUAUUUUGUGCUUCCUCCAUUUCUCUUACGGCCGAUGAGUUUCGAAGUCUAAGUAUGGGGAAAGAUCAUAUGGAUGAGGAUUCUACUAGAGAAGUUAUCGAGGAGGAUAAAGUAUAUGGGGAGACGAUAAGAGAAGCUUCCGAGGAUCAGACAGAGUCUGAAACAACGACUUCCAAGCCUAGCACUAGCACUUCAGAUUCAGAUGGUUGGCAAGGUUUCAUUAAAAGACUAAAGAAAGGGCCUUCCAUACAGUUGCAUACAUUCCAUCCUAAUAUGCCUUCGCUACCUUCACUACCUUCCAUAAAGAUGCUAUCCAAAAGAAAAAGCAGGAGUGCACGACGUAGCAUGCCAAUGCUGCCUGCUCCUAAUCUAGAUGCUGAUUUGCAACACUGCUUUGAAGCUAACUGGAAGAAUUUCUCCCUCUCUGAACUUAAGCAAGCUACCAACAGCUUUAGACCUGAGAACUUGAUUGGUGAGGGAGGUUAUUCUGAAGUAUACAAGGGACUUCUCAAAGAUGGCCAACCUGUGGCGGUGAAAAGGUUGACCAGAGGAUCUCAAGAGGAAAUGACAUCUGACUACUUAUCUGAGUUAGGAAUUUUAGUACAUGUCAAACAUCCAAACAUUGCCAAUGUAAUUGGCUAUGGAGUCGAAGGGGGGAUGCACCUUGUUCUUCCUUUGUCUCCUUAUGGGAGCUUAGCUAAUAUGCUUAGUGGUGACAGGGGUAAACUAACUUGGCAAAUAAGGUAUAAUAUUGCUAUAGGCAGUGCAGCAGGCCUUGCAUAUCUUCACGAGGGGUGCCAGAGGAGGAUUAUCCACAGAGAUAUCAAGGCUGCUAAUGUACUGUUGACAGAAGAUUUUGAGGCUCAGAUAACUGAUUUUGGACUUGCAAAAUGGCUCCCUGAUAAGUGGACUCACCUCACUGUAUCGCAGUUUGAAGGCACCUUUGGAUACCUCCCUCCUGAGUUCUUUAUGCAUGGCAUUGUGGAUGAAAAAACUGAUGUGUAUGCUUUUGGUGUGUUACUUUUGGAGCUCGUUUCUGGACGUCCAGCUUUGGAUGAAGCUCGUAAUAGUGUUGUGAUGUGGGCAAAACCUUUGCUCCUCAACAAGAAAAAUAGUGAGAUAGUCGAUCCAUCACUCGGAGAUGCAUAUGACUUAGAACAGCUUGAUCAGAUUCUUAUGGUUGCCUCAUUGUGCAUACAGCAAUCUUCAACAGACCGACCUUCAAUGAGCCAGGUUGAACAAAUGUUAAUUGGUGUUGACGGCCUUCUACAGAGCAAGAAAAAGUUUAAAAGAUGGCCUCCCCUCAAGCGAAGAUGCGCCAUAGAACUGGAUGCGCUACUUGAGUCGCCUUAACCAAAGUUUACAGAUAAAUCAAACCAGUAAAAUCAGGUAGAACUAGAGAGAAAUUUUCCUUGUUAGCAGUGAGGAUCUUUGAUACGAUUGUAGUUAAUGUAUGCACCAUGGAGCUUGUUCUAUACCAGUUAAGACGUAAUCUGAGCGACAGAAUAUUAAUCCAACUGGGACAAGAAUUCAUUAUAAGAAGUGUAAUGCUUCAAGAGUGGCAAGUUUUGACAGGAGUAGCAGUUUUCUUCAGUGAAUGUGCAGCCGAUUUAUUCAGCUACUAUGUUAAGGAAGGAAAGAGAUGCCAACAAUUUUGGGGCGCAUAUGUAGAUUCGUCUCCAGUUUACGCCAUUUUUGUUUAGUACAUCUACAAACUUCUGAACUAGCUAGCUAGAUAUUGGAACUGAAACCAAUUGAUGCAUAGAACUGUGAACUGUAGAUAUAUAUAUAUAUGUAGGUGAAUUGUUAUAAACUAGAUUGUAUGUAUCAAUGUAUGUAAGCUCGGCAUGAUUUGACAUGCCCAGCAAAUAAAUAUGCAUAGUACAUUUCUUUUAUCAGAAAAACUGCAGUAAACUGUCUAAUGAGCUGUUUGUUUAGCACUAU